UGUGUGUUGCUUUGUCAGUCUCUCUCCACUAGAGCAGCAGACAGGUAGUCCCAGUAAGACCAGGUACGCUAAAAAAUCUCCUUUUAUCGAGCUCAGACAUGUCCAGGCUGGAAGUCACCGAGAUGUUUCAAGGAAUCAAAUAUCCUGGACACCUGCACACCCAGGAAUCUUUGCAGUGUGCUCUAACUUUUCCUUUUCAAGACACCGACAUCCUCAUCGUCUCUUACCCAAAGUCAGGCACCACGUGGAUGCAGCAAAUCGUAACGCUGAUCUCCAACAAAGGAGAGCCACGCGUGUCCCAAACGGUCCCGAACUGGGCUCUGGCUCCCUGGCUGGAGCAUCAUUACACUGCCCAGCUUCUCCAGACCUUAAAACCACCUCGAGUUCUCACCACACACCUGCCUCAUCCCAUGCUAGGCCACGCCCUCCGCACUUCGAAAGCCAAGGUGAUUUACGUCAGCAGAAACCCAAAAGAUACUGCGGUGUCUUUUUACCACUUCCACAAACUGGCCAACUUCCUACCUGAUGGUGGCUCCUUUCAAGAGUUUUUAGACCAGUUUCUGGAGGGCACAGUGCAUUUUGGCUCCUGGUUUGAUCACGUUAAAGGAUGGACGAGCGAGUUGGGAAAGACCCCAAACCUGCUUCAUGUCACCUAUGAAGAGAUGUCAAUGGACCUCCACAGUGCCAUCAAGAAGGUGAGCUCUUUCCUCCAGCGCCCCCUAGUGGAGGAUGAGGUCCUCAGCUGUGUGAGACACUGCAGCUUCAGCAGCAUGAAGGAGAACAAGAUGAGCAACUACACCCUGGUUCCUCAUGAAAUCAUGGAUCACAGCAAAGGAGCCUUCAUGAGGAGAGGCAAGGUUGGGGACUGGAAGAACCUUUUCACUCAGGAGCAGAAUCAACAGUUUGAGGAGGUUCUGCAGGAGAAGAUGCCCGCUUGCUCUGUUGAGUUUGUAUGGGAAGAAGUGGAUCCAAAGGAGCGUCUUUGAGAGACAUGAAAUGAUUCUAUUCUUUAUUCAGUAAACAUAAAAUCACUCUA